UUUAAUAGGAAAAUGUUAAAAACCACGUAUAUUUCCAGAGAAACAGACGGACUGAUUCUCUUUGAGAGUAUUGACACUGCUGUGACUGACCCUAAGCUGAACAGACUGAAGAACAGAGCUAAAGAACUCAUGUUCAACAUGGGACAAGUUAAGCAUGAAGAGCUUUCACUAAAUAUUGAGGACCAUUGCAUUCAUUUAAAGAGACAUAAUGGAUGAGUGCUCCUUGUUCUUGCUGAAGUAAUGUAUCCCCAGCAACUAGCCUUCCAGUAUCUUGGAGAGAUUCAAGAUCUUGUCCAAGAAGAAUGAAGCAAGAAGUUUGGAACCACUGGCUCAGUAGAUUAUGGCUCAAAGAUUGAAAUGAUUGAUUCUCCAUAUGCCUUCCAAAGCCUAGAGAAAAGUAUCAAUAAAGUGAAAUAAGGAUUAUAAAGACUCAAAUUCUGAGAUCAAUGUAGAGAGGCUCAACAAGGAGCUUCUUGAUAUCAAUAACAUUAUGAGAGAUAACUUUGAACUUAUAUUGAAUCGUGAUAACAGCCUUAAUAACCUGAGUGGUAAGGCUAGUACCCUCAAAGAUGCUAGUAAGAAAUAUAGAGACAAUGCUAAAAAGCUAAAAAUGAGCUUUUAUUGGAAAAAGUAUGGAACAAUAGCGGCAAUUGUUGGUAUUUUCCUGUUAUUCAUCAUCAUAAGAGUCUGGAUAUUUUAAAUAGCAAUGGAUAAAGAAGUAAUAAUUUAACGUAU